AUGCGCUCAUCUUGGUUCCUUCUCUCUACCCUGGCAGCUCUAGCCGUAGCCGACGAGCCUAGCAAAACAACCAUCAGCUACUUCGCAAUUGACAACGGCUCUGGCGCCAACAUCGGUGCCUACUCCAGCACCGCAGCUCGACUGGUUGGCAUCGACAAGUACGCCACGACUUACGAGAUCGCCUGCUUGUCAGGCGCAGCCAAAUGCGCAUUGCACCAUCCCGCAACCCUAAUCCAGGGCGAUACCACUUACAGCGUCUCAUUUGAAGCAACUUUGGUUACCAGUGGUGUUACGGCCCACGCAACUGCUGCCGAGUCAUGUAGUUUCACCCAUGUUUCUGAAUCUGCCGUGUGCUCCUGGAGUAUUGCAUACACCGGCAUGGAGGAUGAUGUCACUGUUUCCGAUUCCACUUCUAGCACACAAUCCAUUCCGGCGUCCUUGGUCAGCUACAAGCCUCUUGCUAUCACCGAUGGUGUCUACGCUCUCAAGGCUGAUGCCACGGCUUCGACUACGCCGGUCAAGAUUACUCCUACUUCGUCUACUGGCGGUGUUGCAGCUGCCGCAAAGCCUUUGAUCACUGCUGCGCCGUUGGGUGUGGCUGCUGCUGUUGCAUUUGUGGCUAUGCUCUAG